UUUACUCGAUUGAAUCAAAUUGUUUUGGUUUUAAAGCUAAGGCUCUGAAUAGAAGGGCAAAGCGUCGUUGAACAGAAACUUUUAGUAAUUGGACCAAAAUAAUUACAUCUUGCAAUAUAUAAAUUUGAAAAAUGCCUGUGGCACCCCCGGGAAGUUACGGCUAUGGGAAUCAGGGUCCCUCGUGUUUCGAUCGCAUGAAAACUGGAUUUCUACUAGGUUUUUGUGUCGGCAUGGCGUCAGGUGCUCUUUUCGGUGGAUUCUCAGCUCUGCGAUUUGGUUUGAGAGGUCGAGAAUUGAUAAACACCGUCGGAAAAACGAUGGUGCAAGGAGGAGGAACAUUCGGCACGUUCAUGGCAAUAGGAACGGGAAUCAGAUGCUAACUCCACUCCAUUUGCAUACUCGUCAAAGAAUUGAUUUUUUUAAAUUUAAAAUAUACGAAAAUUAAUCCUUGAACGUUGUCUUGAUUUUUUCGUAUUUCUGUACAUAAAAAACAAAAGUAGACAUUGUUUUUUCAUUUUCAUGCCAAUCAAGUAAUGGAAUUAUUUUUGAAUUUCCAAACUCGAUAAUGAUAAAAUGAAUGUUACUAAUAAAAUAAA